AUGGCCCACGCAAGGCCCUUUGCCCUCACAGUCCGUGGAAGCUUCCUCAUCGUCCUGGUCUGCCUCAUCUUCAGCGUGCUGUCCACCAUCGAGCAGUAUGUCGCCCUGGCCACAGGGACCCUCUUCUGGAUGGAGAUUGUCCUGGUGGUGUUCUUUGGGACGGAGUACGUGGUCCGUCUCUGGUCGGCAGGCUGCCGCAGCAAGUACGUAGGCAUCUGGGGGAGGCUGCGCUUUGCCCGGAAACCCAUCUCCAUCAUCGACCUCAUCGUGGUCCUGGCCUCCAUGAUUGUCCUCUGCGUGGGCUCCAAAGGGCAGGUGUUUGCCACCUCAGCCAUCAGGGGCAUCCGCUUCCUCCAGAUCCUGAGGAUGCUGCACGUGGAUCGUCAGGGAGGUACCUGGAGGCUGCUCGGCUCCGUGGUCUUCAUCCACCGCCAGGAGCUCAUCACCACCUUGUACAUCGGCUUCCUGGGCCUCAUCUUCUCCUCGUACUUCGUGUACCUGGCCGAGAAGGACGCCGUGAACGAGUCGGGCCAAGUGGAGUUUGGCAGCUACGCGGAUGCCCUGUGGUGGGGGGUGGUCACGGUCACCACCAUCGGCUACGGGGACAAGGUGCCCCAGACGUGGGUCGGGAAGACCAUCGCCUCCUGCUUCUCUGUGUUCGCCAUCUCCUUCUUCGCGCUCCCAGCGGGGAUUCUUGGCUCCGGCUUUGCCCUGAAGGUCCAGCAGAAGCAGAGACAGAAGCACUUCAACAGGCAGAUCCCGGCGGCAGCCUCGCUCAUCCAGACGGCCUGGAGAUGCUACGCGGCCGAGAACCCCGAGUCCUCCACCUGGAAGAUCUAUGUGCGCAAGCCCGCUCGGAGCCAUGUGCUGCUGUCCCCCAGCCCCAAGCCCAAGAAGUCUGUCAUGGUAAAGAGAAAGAAGUUCAAACUGGACAAGGACAACGGGGUGAAUCCCGGAGAGAAGAUGCUCACAGUCCCCCACAUCACGUGCGAGCCUGUCUCAGAGGUGCGGAGGCCGGACCACUUCUCCAUGGAGAACUGUGACAGCUCUGGUGAGAAGCCUUCGCCCCGGGCGAGGGUGCUGCGGGAGCACCACCGGGCCACCAUCAAGGUCAUUCGGCGCAUGCAGUAUUUUGUAGCCAAGAAGAAAUUCCAGCAAGCGCGGAAACCCUACGACGUGCGGGACGUCAUCGAGCAAUACUCCCAGGGCCACCUCAACCUCAUGGUGCGCAUCAAAGAGCUGCAGAGAAGGCUGGACCAGUCCAUCGGGAAGCCCUCCCUCUUCAUCUCCGUCUCAGAGAAGAGCAAGGACCGCGGCAGCAACACCAUCGGGGCCCGCCUGAACCGGGUGGAAGACAAGGUGACUCAGCUGGACCAGAGGCUGGUGCUCAUCACAGACCUGCUUCACCAACUUCUCUCCCUGCACCAGGGCGGCCCCCUGGGCGGCCGGCCCCCCAGCGAGGGGGGGGCCCAGGCCCUGCAGCCUUGCAGCACCAUCAGCCCCGAGCUCUUCCUGCCCAGCAACACCCUGCCCACCUAUGAGCAGCUGACUGUGCCUCGCAGGGGCCCCGACGAGGGGUCCUGAUGGGGGCUUGGAGCCCCAGGCCUGCGAGGGCAGGGCCGGAGGAGCUGUUCAGCCUGGCCCACCUCCCACCCAGCAGGGGCACCCCACCCCACAGGUCAC